CCCUGUCAGUCGCACGUUUCUUUCCCAGCCACCCGUAAUAACGGCAACCCAUGCGCCAAGAUCAAGAAAACAGUUACAGGAAGUGGGUGGGUAGGGGCCAAGGCUGUUGAGGUGCGUUUCGAGCUUGAUUGCGCCUUCCAGCGAGUCUACAUCAUGCGCAUGCUGCGCAAGUCCAGAGACUUGCUCUGGGCUGACUUUGAAUGCUUCGGUCUGGCUGUGGACGUUGAUGAGACGUUUGGCAGCAAGGGCACUCCAGACACCUGCGAACCCGGCCCCAAUGAUGACAAUCCUGCCGGACAUAUUUACCCGCUGACACAUGCACCGAUGACCGUCCCUGUCGCACCCGCUCAUUCGAACGGCGCAGCAUCUCGCUCCUCGCUAGCCUGUCUGCCGUGCCGCUCGAGACACUUGAAGUGCGACGGAAAACGACCUCAUUGCGAUAGAUGUGCUACCGCCGCGAAGGACUGCCAAUAUGCCCCAUCACACCGGGGCGGCUUGGAUCGUGUAGCGCUUGCUGAACGAAGAAAGCGCCUUGCCGUCGCAAAUAGUGUCGGCAAUAGCAGUUCCGAGUCACCAAUGAGUCUCCCAUCGCAGCAAUCAACAGAUUCACAGAUAUUCGGCCAAGACUCUCUUGCUGAGCUGAACCUUGACUUAAGUAUUUCCGAUGAUGUUAGUCUCGAAAAUCAAAUUCCUACAUCGGCUCCGCCCGCGAACUCGACUAUACGACCAGAUGAUCUCGAGAACGACACACUUAUAAAUGCAUAUUACACUAAUUUCCACAAAUUCCACCCAUUUCUCCUACCGCAGGAGCACUUUACGAGAUUUCGUCAAGAUCCUAACUGGAUAGAACGACUCAGACCACUGAUAAGCACUAUGCAUCUUGUAGGACACAUUUACGCUACCAGAAAAUGGUCUUCAGAGCUUCAAGAUGACGUCGAAAGUCGACUUUCUGAGCCAGCGCCGAGCGACCCGGUCAUUGUGCAAUGCCGGCUACUCUACUCCAUAGCCCUGUUCUGGUACAGCCACAAGACCGAGGCCAAGCGUCAAAUGGACCUUGCAGUCCGUUUAGUCCUCGACCUGCAAAUGUUCCAAAAGGAAUUCGUAGCAACUCAUGGAGCCGAGUCUCCUGUGUUGAUGGAAUGCUGGAGGCGGACGUGGUGGAUGCUGUACAUCAUCGAUGCUUACUACGCUGGGACUCUCGGGACAAUGAACUUCGCAGUCGUGGAGGUAGACUCAAGCGUAGAACUUCCCUGUACGGAGUCGGAGUACGAAUCUGGGAAUAUUCCGGAACCGCAGACUCUCGAAGAGUUCGACCUCCGCGAGUUCGCUUCGGAGGAUACGUCCUACUCUUCCUUUGCAUACCUCAUCGGCGCUGUAAAAUGCGCUGCCCUGGCAAUAUCUACGACACCGAAAUUGGUCGCCAGAGAGGACUCUAUGCGUAUGAUUGAAGAAGCAGACUCAAUCAUCGACGGCUGGUCAUUACUGCUGCCAGAAGAUCGUCGCCAUAUCAUGUCCAAGACUGGAGAGAUUGAUGAGCUCAUGUUCCAAGCUCAUCUUUUGAUUAACGUUUUUCUACUCAAGGGAAAAGAGCUCGCUGUCGCGCGAGAUCAGAUCCGGAUGACGAUCGGUUGCCUCAAGACUUUGGGGAAAGUGUGGCCCAGAACAGCAAAGAACGUACGGGAGAUCCAGACGAUUGCUCAGCAUGUACUUGGUCUCAAACCCAGGCUGAAUGGGGAGAGGACUGCCACAGAUACUGCCGGAAGUCUUGCCGUGACUGAUAAAGUCGAUGCGGGGAAUUCGAAUUCCCAGACCAGUAUGUCAAGCAGCGAGAGUGAGGUGUUCGCCUCGCUGGGUACCAUGGAUGAUGUUUGCGGCUGGUAUAACAUGGAGGGUAUUAGUUCGCAGCUUUCACAUUGGGUGCAAAGUGACAUUUAG